CACAAGAUGUUGUUCAACAUCGCCACUCUUUUAGCUCUUGCCCCUUCUAUUCUUGCGGCAGUCACGGACAAUGGUGACAAGAAGAAGCGCGAUGUCGUCCCUGGUGGAUACAUCGUCGAAUUUGAGGAUGUCAUGUCUAUCGCUUCUGAUGUAUGUGUUGAGCUCUUGAUCGAAAGACUUACCAUUGACAUGUUGGAUAGANCCAAAUCCAAUUUCUACUCCGAGCUUUCAGACAAGAAGAUGAAUCCUACUCACCGCAUGGAUCUCUCGUCUUCUCUCUUCAAAGGCCUUUCGUUCCAUGUUGAUACUGGCCUUGACCAGGCAGUUGUCGCUUCAGACAUUCAAGCCAUGCCUAUUGUUCGCAAAGUCUGGCCUAUAUCACUGUACGAUACUCAAGACUAUGCAACCGCUCCCUAUGCCAAUGGCUCAAACUCUACAACUUCUUCUGACACCUUCUCUACUCACCUUAUGGGCCAUGUCGACAGACUGCACGCCGAAGGCUUGACCGGAAAUGGAACGUUUGUUGCAAUUAUCGAUACUGGUAUUGAUUACCUCCAUCCUGCCCUCGGUGGCUGUUUCGGCCCUGGUUGCAAGGUUGCAUAUGUAAGUGCCUUGGCACAAGCUUUGGAAAUGCUUGCUAACGUUCACAACAGGNGUUAUGAUUUGGUUGGUGAUGACUACGACGGUACCAACGCUCCUGUACCAGAUCCUGAUCCAUACUCUGCCUGCAAUGAGCACGGCACCCAUGUUGCAGGUAUUGUGGCGGCUGGCACGAACCCCUACAAUUUCACCGGUGUCGCACCCGAUGCAACUCUAGGUGCUUACAGAGUUUUUGGAUGCUCUGGAAGCGCUGGUGAUGAUGUUCUUAUUGAUGCUUUUACCCGUGCCUACGAGGAUGGAGCAGACAUCAUCACUGCCAGUAUCGGUGGCCCCAAUGGCUGGACUGAGGAGCCGUGGACUGUCGUAGUCUCUCGUAUCGUCGCAGCUGGAACUCCCUGCACUCUUGCUGCUGGUAAUGAUGGCUCCGAAGGCCUGUUCUACGGUUCGUCGGCUGCUGAUGGUAUUGAUGUCAUUGCCGUUGGAUCUAUCGACAACAUCGAAUCCCCCGUAUUCACCACUUAUGGCAGAUACACUGUCGACAACUCGACAAGUGGCCAAUUUGGUUACUUGGCCGCUGCUAUCGGCAUGCCCAAUGUCAGCCUACCCCUAUGGGCUGUCAGUGAAGACAGCACCAUCGUUGACGAUGCUUGCAAACCUCUUCCUGCCGACACCCCUGAUCUUUCCGGCAAGCUUGUCCUCAUCCGCCGUGGCACUUGCACUUUCGAUACCAAGGCCGCGAACGUUGCUGCCUUCGGAGCUCAGUACAUUCUGUUCUACAACAACGCUCCCAGUCUCACCUCUCCCAGUGUGACUGACCCUGACAUCCUGGGAGCAGCCAUGGUCUCCGCCGACCAAGGUGCUUCCUGGGCUGCUAGCCUUGCUGCUGGCUCUGCUAUUCAGGUCAGCAUCGAUGGUAAGUUGACUGUCUUCUCCAGUCCUGCCAACAAUGUCACUGGUGGACACAUGUCAACAUUCUCGAUGUGGAAUCCCACCAACGAGGCCUACGUUAAGCCUGAGAUCUCUGCCCCUGGUGGUAACAUCUUGUCCACGCUCCCUCUUGAGCAGGGCGGCUACGGAGUCUUAUCCGGUACUUCAAUGGCUACUCCCUUCGUCGCUGGUGUUGUUGCACUCAUGAAGCAGGCUCGUCCCGAUCUUGAGCCUCACACCAUUCGAGCCAUUCUUGGCACUACUGGCCAUCCUGUCACUUUCAACGACGGCAAGACUACCUACGAAUAUCUUGCUCCUGUGGUUCAGCAGGGAGGUGGUGAGGUUGACGCUUUUGCUGCCGUUCAUACGUCCACUAUCCUCGAUGUUGCAAAUCUAGCUUUCAACGACACGGCCCACUUUGUCCAAGAAGCAAACUUCACCAUUACCAAUCGCGGUAGCAGCGAUAUCACCUACAAUCUCGACUACAUCAAUGCUGCCACAGCUUAUACUCUUCCUGAUGAUGGCAGCACCCAACCCCAGACUUUCCCUCCAGAUCUCGUCACUUCCGGAGCAAGCGUACACUUGAGCUCUAGCAGCGUGAGCGUCGCAGCUGGCAAGUCUGAAGCUGUCAUUGUCACUCUGUCACUUCCCAAGGACCUCACAACCGCUCGUAUUCCCGUGUACUCAGGCUUCAUUACCAUCAAUGGAACCAAUGGCGAUUCUCUGAAUCUCCCUUACGCCGGCGUUGCGUCUUCGCUCAAGGACGCCACUGUCCUUGAUGCCAGCACUGGAUAUCCCUACAUCACUAGCACCUCUGACAACACCUUUGUCCCCCUGAACUCUAGCACUGUCUUCACCAUUUCAGUUGCUAACACUACCAUCAACGGUACUACCGACAACUCAACUGGUCUUCUGAUACCCAAUUUGAGAAUCGGUCUCGUCAUGCCUUCGUCCCUCAUCCGAGCCGAUCUCCUCCCCUCAAAUGGUACAUAUGGCACUUACACCAACACCACCACGAUUCUUGGUGUCAAGACUUUAGGUGCUAUUGCCGGCAGCCCCAGUGUCUACCAGCCUAGAGCCAACGCCUGGAGCACCGCGUUCUACGGUGUCCUUGACGACGGCAGAAGAGUUCCCGCUGGCACUUACUCUAUCCUCGUUCGCGCUUUGAGAAUCUUUGGAGAUGCGACAAAUCCUGAGGACUAUGACAGUGCUGAGACUCAGCCUUUCACAAUUAGAUAUGUGCAUUAA